AUGCGUCUAUUUGAUGUCCUUCCAUCACUACAAACAAAAACAGAAGAAAUACCAAAAAAUCCAAAUUUUAUCAAUUUCCAACUGGCUGGAUUAAUAAUUUUAGCUUUAUUUACUUGUUUUUGUAUUUGUGCAAAUUUGAUCACUUUUAUUCUUUUAAUAUUAUGUAGGCCUUUACAAAGGUCUUCGAGAACUACAAAUUUGUACGUUAUAAGUUUGUGUUUGGCUGAUUUGGGGGUUGGGGGUGUUGUAAUGCCUUUAAUGCUGUGUUAUGAAUGGGGAAUAACCUUCCCACACUGGCUCUGUCAAUUCUGGCAAUUAGCAGAUGUUUUAUUCUGUACAGAAUCUCUAUAUUCCAUUUGCGCAAUUGCCUUAGACCGUGUUUGGAAUUUAGAACAACCUUUACGUGUGUUUACAAGCAGCAGACGUCGGGCAAAAAGAUUAAUGUUGUUUGUUUGGUUAUUGCCUUUAAUUGUUUGGAUGCCUGUUUACUUUCUUCUAGUCUUUCCAACUCAAAGAAUAUUCCAACCAGAAGAACAACAAUUACCCCCAGCAGAUAUUCAUUGUUUUCCUUCUCGUCAAGUUGCAACACAAGUUUUUUGGGUAGCGCUGCCUGCUUUAUAUUUACCAGCAAUUUUUCUGAUUUGUUUAUUUCUUCGAAUUUCUUUUGUUGUUCAUCGCCAUUUAAAAUUUUUGAGGGAACACUCGUCUCUUCCACAUUUGGGGCCUCAACCUCCUACUCCUUCUAUUGCUGUUCAACAACCACAACCUUUAUUAUCUCCAACUCGAAACAAUUUUCAAUACGAAAAUGAUUUUAAUAAAAAUGAAAGAAAUGAAAUUAAUAAUAAUAAAAUUAUUGGAAAAAGAGCCUCAGUUUGUGCAACCUCAAAAAUAAUUUCUGUUGAUAAAAAUGUUCUCAGAAAAGUUUCUCUUCCCCAAUGGCGUAAAUCUUCAAUUUCUGUUCAAAAGAAAAAUGAAGGGGAUAAAGUGAAGACAACACUGACUGUGAUUGUAGAUGAGGGAGACACUGAAUUGGUAAAUAAAUUUUUUUGGACUGGGCUGUUUUGUGUUUUUGAUAUUUUUGGAUAGAGAAUUGA